GACGCGGUCGCGGUGUCUGCCAGCGAUAAGCUCGACCCGCUCAAGUGCCUGUCCAUCAUGCUGGAGAGGGAGGGCGUCGACCCGCAGGAGGCCGCCAGCAUCCCGCCCUUUGACUGCCACGCCAUCCGCAGGGUGGCAAGGACCUUCAAGGAGCGGACGGCUGUCGGGGCUGAUAGGUUGAGCCCUCGCGAUCUCGUGUAUCUGUCUGACCGCGGCCUCACAGUCUUGGGCUUGCUGUGGCACUGGGUGCUGGACACGGGCAGACUCCCGUCUCAGGUGUCCUUGAUCACGAUUGCAAUGCCCGUGAAGCCCGAGGGCGGAUUUCGGCCCAUUGGUAUCCUAGCCACCGUUGUGCGAGUCGCAUCCGCGCCAGUAGUGACGGAGCAAACGAUCGUUGCAGGGUGUACGUUCGCCACGACGCUUCUGAAAGUACUGUUGAUUCGCAUGUUGGACUGCGUGAUGGCUAAAUUUCCCUUCGCACGCGUGUACAACGUGGUUGAUGAAAUCACGGUACGCGUUCGAGUCAGCAGGGAGCUUGUGCGUGACAUGCCGCCUGUCGUCGUCGGUUUCACCUGCAGGAAGCUGGAGGAGUUGGACCUAGUUCUGGCCAGGGCUGAGGGCAAAAUCGUGUCGACCCACCCUGAUGUGGUCCAGAGAUCCGAGAGAGCCCUGGCCAGGUGGGGGUUCACUGGGGCCUCGGUGGUGGGGAUUCUUGGAGUGGAUUUCACCAUGACAAAGGCCCGAAGGAACCCCGUGCAGAAGGCCCGAGUGGCCAAGCUCAAGCGAAGGGCCCACCGUUUCCGAGGGUUGAGAUCGUCCUUCAAGAUGUUGACCAGGAUCGUGCGCGCAGGUGCCAACACAGCAGGACUCUACGGGGCCUCGGUCACAGGAGUGUCGGACAGAUCCCUCCAGCAGCUGCGCUCGGUGGCGGGCGAGGCGGUGUUCGGGCAGGCCAAGGGCAGGAGUAACACGAUUGGCUUCAUGCUGUCGCCGACGCCGCAG